UUAAACAUAUGUACUUUAAUUCACCACCUUUGGAUCAAACUCUCCCACUAAUUUUUCAGAUAUUUUUUAAAGAUUGUUUAAGUGGUAAAGAGUUGAGAAAUGUGACAUGACUUUUUUCUUUUUUUCGCUUCACCACCAAUAUUAGUGCUUCUUUACUAUUUGUUUUUUUGUUUUUCCCCACCUUCAAGAAGUACGAGGAUUUUGUAAUAACAAAAGUUAGAAUCGAAGAAAAUGGGUGAAGUAGUUAUAAGCAGCGAAAAUGAUGUGGAAGUUAUAGGGACAGAUGAUAUGGAACUGCAGACAGAAAUAGAGGCGGGCGAAAAGAAUAAGGAAAUAGGGGCGGCUGCUGCGGCAUCUUCUUCAAUUGUGAGAUGGGAAAGAUUUUUGCCUAAAAUGGUUUUUAGAGUUUUGUUAGUAGAAGCAGAUGAUUCUACAAGACAGAUUAUUACUGCCCUUCUUAGGAAAUGCAGUUACAAAGUCGCUGCAGUUGCUGAUGGUCUAAAGGCGUGGGAGUUGUUGAAAGGUAGACCUCAUAACAUAGACCUCAUCCUGACAGAAGUUGACCUGCCAUCAGUCUCUGGAUACGCUCUUCUUUCCUUGAUCAUGGAGCACGAGAUUUGCAAGAACAUCCCUGUAAUAAUGAUGUCCUCUAACGACUCAGUUAGUACGGUUUAUAGAUGCAUGCUUAGAGGUGCAGCAGACUUUCUUGUCAAGCCAGUUAGGAAGAAUGAAUUAAAGAACUUGUGGCAACACGUCUGGAGGAGAAGAGCUGCAAGUGUAAGUUCCCAGGGGCCUCUUGAUGAAAGUGUUGCACAACAAAAAGUUGAGGCCACAGCUGAAAACAAUGCUUCCAGCAAUCAUUCGAGUGGUUAUAAGGCGUGCGUUCAGAGAAACCGGGAAUGCAUUGAGAAAGGAAGUGAUGCUCAGAGCUCCUGCACAAAGCCAGAGUUGGAGAAUGAAAGAGAGAACACAGAAGAUUUACAGGAGUCUAUUCAACCAAAUAGGACUGCAUCUCUUCCAAAUGGUGCAGAUUUGAGGAAAGAACUAUUUCUUGAAGCAAAUAAUAGAUUGAUAAUGUCCGUAAAUGAUGCUGGAGCUCCUUUAGAAGAUGCGAAUACAAUGACCAGGGGAGAAGAUACAAGUUCUGAUGAUAAUUGGGGUCAUGUUCGUACAAUUGAUCAAACUUCUGAUGAGAAUCCUGGUCCUCUAACUAAACAAGCCAUUGACUUGAUCGGAGCGUUUGAUAAUUACCUCAAGUGCAAUUUCAAAAGUUCUGGUUCCAACGUUAGGACAAAUAAGGCUGAUUCUUCUUCUCCCCAACUGGAUCUUUCACUGACAAGACCCCAUCAAAGUGGAUCUGUAAAUCAGUUUACAAAUGAGAAGCAGAGAUUGAACCAUUCUGAUGCUUCAGCCUUCACGCGGUAUGUGAACAGGGCAAUGCAAUCUGGACAGUCAACGUCGUCUAGGACUUAUAAUCAACAGGACUAUGAAACUGAUUCUGAUAAGCAGUUUCCUGGUCAUGCCAUUGAUUACAACUCAGAUGCCCGUGCAGCAAUGACUAGACCUCACAGUUUUGCCCCUCCUAGCUGCGGAGAACCAGGACCAGCUGACAUUGGACAUCCUUCUCCGCAGCAGAGAGUGACGCCUCUCCCUAUACCAGUGAGAGGUAUCAGGUUUGAGGGACCAAGCAGUGCCUACAGUUCCAUGAUAGCUCCAAUACUUCGCAUGCCAUCAGGCAUUUCGCCACUGCAAUGUCCAGGUUCGGCUACCCCUCAGGAAUCUUCCUAUCAAGCGAAUCCUUUCCUUACAUUAAAUUGUGAAGGUAGGAGCUCUCAGCAAUUGCACUCACAGAGUGUUCAAAACAACAGUGGUUCCACAACCUACAAUGAGGGCAAGAGAGAGCACUGGUCUGAACCCAAAAUUGAUUGUCGAUAUUUACCCUCUGCAACCGAUCAAAGUACAAAUAGCAGUUGCUGCAAUGGUGGUUUAAACCAGGUUCAUAUGAGCUUUGGAAGCAGUGGAAACAUCUCACUUCCAAUAGUCAAAACACCGGCGGAGUGUUGGAAAGAAGAAAUCUCUUACACUCCUGAUGGGAACUCCAAUCGAUCUCAAAGAGAAGCAGCUCUUACAAAAUUUCGUCAGAAGCGGAAAGACAGAUGCUUUGAAAAGAAGGUAAGAUAUGAAAGCAGGAAAAAACUUGCAGAGCAGCGUCCCAGAGUGAAAGGGCAGUUUGUUCGUCAAGUUCCUAAUGAGCCUCAAAUGGGUAACUCAUAGGAUGUUUGGAAAUAUAGGAACACGACUUCAUCCAGCUAGAGGAGGAAACAGAACAAAUAUAAGUGUUGUCAAACGACUUAAAAGUCCGGACUUCCACAAUUCAAGGAACAAACAAGAGGAUGACCAAGUUUAUUGAUGCUAUGGUCACUCGCUUAUGCAUCCCACACUGAUAGUCUGAUUUCUUGCUAAUAGGAAUUACAACCUGAUGAGGAAUUCUCUACAUUUUUGUGAAGCGGACACCCCUGCCUUCUGUUUGUGAUGAUAUAUAGGAUAGUACAUCUCAAUUAACAUAUAGGUUAGUAACGUCACAGUAUCGAUUCUUAUAUUCAUGACUAGGAUCAAUUUUCCAUUUUUAUUAUAGUUGGUUAGCUGAUAAGAUCCUUUUCCCACUGCUAAUAUUGGAGUCCCUUAGUGUACUUCUCGAUCAUCUGAUGUAGCAUACCACGACUAGCUCUAAACCUAUGUACAGAAAAUGAGCAGAGAUUUUCUGGCGUGUGACCAGCUAUGGAUUGUUACGUUGUUUAUUUGCAGAAAUUCAUUCUUGCAACAUUAGUACAUAUAUUGAAAUAACACUAUAUGAGCAUUUAUCUCAAAGGAUUGGUUUCAUUCUCAUGACCAAUGCGACACGUACAGUCAUCCAACGAGAUUCAUUUUUGAA